AUGAUCUGGAGAGAAGCAGCACUGCUAGGCUGUGUCAGCAUCGCUCUUGGUCGCCUCGUCCCACCCAAGCCCCGGGAGGAGCCGCAGCUGCAUCCAAACGAGCCUAGACCCGACCUCUACCCGGAAAUGCCAGAUUAUGUCUUGAAAAGUGUUAUAGACUACUCGUCAGAAGCUCAGGAAAGUUUGCUUCAAGACCAUCAGGACGCUGAGGUAGUGCCUGGUCUGUACCAGGGCGACAUCGCAGGAUUUAAGCCAGAGCAGUUCAUAGCCCACACGCGGGUGGGCCUGAAGUGGGACGUGUUUCCGGAGCGGCGCUGGACCAACGACACGGUGCCCUAUGCCAUCAGCGACCUCUACCUGCCGAGCGAGCGGAUGGUGAUUGAAACCGCCAUCUCCACAGUGAAUUUCUUGACGUGCAUCAAAUUCGUGCCGUGGGACGGCAUGCGCGAGGACUACCUCCUCGUCUGGCCCGUCGAGAAACCUGCGGGAUGCUGGUCCUACGUGGGCAAGACGGGUGGGCAGCAGGUACUCUCCUUGCAGCGGCCCGACAGCCGCUCCAAACGAUGCUUUGGUUCCGUCGGGAAGCCUAUCCAUGAGUUGCUGCACGCCCUAGGCAUCUUCCACGAACAGACCCGAGCCGACAGAGACAACCACGUUAAAAUCAUCAGGGAAAAUAUUAUUCCACAAUACAUUCAUAACUUCGCCAAGCAGAGUGAAGUCAAUACUACUUUUACCUUCGAUUACGACUACAAAUCCGUCAUGCACUACGGUUCACAUUUCUUCAGCUCCUCCAGAGACAAGCCCACUAUCGUGCCAAAGGUCGAGGGGGUUGAAAUCGGGCAGCGGAGGAUGCUCAGCAAGACGGACUGUUUGAAAGUCAACCAGCUAUACGGUUGCCUGGAUGGUGAUGCCUUCAAAAGGGCGAAAUACCUUGCCUUUUGUUCUUAUCUAGGUUUAUAGCAGACUAGUUAUUCUUUCAAGUCAUUCGUGCCAGUUCUGUUUAUAAGUUUAUUCUAAUAAGGUCAUUGAGAGAAUGGACAAUAAAGAAUAUUUGUAUACGUAUAAAUAUAUGAAAAGAGAGAGAGAAAGAGAGAGAUCUGUUUUGAUAAAGUUUAUUUCCAGAACAUUGCAAAUUUCUCAAAAAAAAAAAAAAAAAAAAAAAAAAAAAAAAAAAAAAAA